UAUAGUUGCGAACGCGAAUGGCGCAACGAGCGCCGCCCGCGGCAGUAGACAGUUAGGCGUCGGCGGGAACACCCACCAGUUGAGCUCUAAGUUCAAGUUCGGCAAAUUCAAAUUUAGAAUACCGAACGCGCAAAAACUACCAUUUGUUUUUUUUUUCGUGUGAGUGUUUUGUGCCAGGAUUGAAAGUGAUAAUUCUAACUUUGGCUGAAGUUUGCGACGCGACGGAUUAUUUUCAGAUAUGUGAGGCACGUCCAAAAUGGCGGCGCUACGCAUCGCUUGGCGCACCCAAUUGCAGCGGUUCCUCAUGAAGGUGGACACGAAGACCUGAGCCGACAGAAGAUGGAGUUCGCCUCUUUGUUACCCACCAAUGUAGUAUUCGAGUUCAAUGAGACAGCGACGGUGGAGUACAGCGAUGGUGAGGACCCGGACGCCGUCACUCUGCUGUCCGUCCUCCUCGUCGGCAUAUUCCUCUCCCUGCUCAUAUUCCUGAGCGUGGCAGGCAACAUCCUAGUAUGCAUCGCCAUCUACACAGACAGGGGGUUGAGGCGUAUCGGCAACCUGUUUCUAGCUUCACUGGCUAUCGCAGAUAUGUUGGUUGCCGCUGCCGUUAUGACGUUCGCUGGAGUCAACGAUUUGUUGGGUUACUGGGUAUUCGGCGAGCAGUUCUGCGAUACGUGGGUCGCGUGUGACGUCAUGUGUUCGACCGCCUCCAUCCUCAACCUGUGCGCCAUUUCUUUGGACCGGUACAUCCACAUCAAGGACCCUCUAAGAUACGGCCGUUGGGUGACCCGUCGCGUGGCCGUAGCGACCAUAGCCACAAUCUGGCUGCUAGCGGGCCUCGUCAGCUUCUUGCCGAUCUCGCUCGGCCUCCACCGGCCUCACGAGGAGGCCACGGCCACGCAGAGGCCGCCACGGUACCCGACCUGCGCGCUGGUGCUCACGCCGACGUAUGCAGUGGUCUCGAGCUGUAUAUCCUUCAUACUGCCCUGUAUCGUCAUGAUCAGUAUAUACUGCAGGCUCUACUGCUACGCCCAGAAGCACGUGAAAUCUAUCCGCGCCGUCACCCGGACCGUCCAGCUGCCGGAUAACCGGACCAAAUCCGUCCGGACACGUGUCCACACGCACGUGCACUCGUCCCCGUACCACGUGUCCGACCACAAGGCGGCCAUCACGGUCGGCAUCAUAAUGGGCGUGUUUCUUCUGUGCUGGGUGCCUUUCUUCUGCGUUAAUAUCGUCGCGGCGUUCUGCAAGACGUGUAUCCCUGACUUAGCAUUCAAAAUCCUGACAUGGCUCGGAUAUUCAAACUCAGCGUUUAAUCCGAUCAUCUAUUCAAUAUUCAACACCGAGUUUCGCGAGGCGUUCAAGAAAAUCCUAACGUCGAGGUACCCGUUAUGCUGCGGGUACCAAAGCGUCAGAGCCAACACACCUACCAGAAACGAGAAUUUCGUCACGGAUUAUGGGACGAAAACGUUGGUGGUGAGGAGAAGUGGAUCGCUAGGGUUGUCAGGAGUGGAUCCGACUCCGAGAUCCUCAGCGGACUCUGUCCGGCCUCUCAGGGACCACCACAUCUGACAAGAAGACGGGGGUAGCAACAACCAGCUACUCGACGGGAGCGAUGUGGUGUAGGGUUGCUCAACUUCCAUGUCGUGGAACGAAUUGUUUAAUCUCCGAGAGCUUCAGCUUUAAAUUUCAGUAUUAAACUAUAGUGUAUAAA